AUGGUAGAGUCACCUUUACUAUCUCCCAGAAACGGACCAAUCUUUCAAUCAGAAUCCCCUGAUCCUAGUAUCAUUCAGGCCAAAUGCUUAAAGCCAAGCCGUGAUUAUAUAUCACAAACUUGGAAGAAUGGUCUAGGAACCACGGACGAAAUAGCCAUUUAUCCUCCAGAUAAGAAUUUCAAACAGGAUGACUUCUUUUGGCGUCUUAGUGUGAAUAAAAUACAAAGCGAUUGCAACUUUUCCUUAUUCCCUGGCUAUGAGUGUACAAUGAUUAUUAUGCCUACAGAAAAUGAAAAGGCAUCAUUUUCAAUCAGCCAUGGUGAAACAGUGACAAAAGUGCAUAGUCUAUUCCCUUACAGCUGGCAAGGAGAGAAAACUACAUCCUGUAAACUGAGUAAUCCUCCUAUUCAAACGCUCCAGUUUAUGUUGAAAAGGGAUUCUGGAAAGGCACAGAUUCGCAUUGAAAAGAUUGGUUCAUACGAAACAGAUCUUCAAGGUGAUGUUGACUCCGGUAAAAAUAUGUUGUUUGGCGCAUUUGUCCUGGUUUAUGUUGUCGAUGGGUAUGUAAAUGCCCUGUUGGACAAGAACCAUGCGCAUGGACAGAGCUUUGAUAUGAAGGCGGGCGAGUCUUUGAUGAUAGAGCGCGAUGAAGAUGCAUCUCCGACUAGCAUUUUAUUAAACGCUACCAAUGAACACUUUCAAGCAGCUCAAAGUGGAAUAGAGGCAACUGUGGUGAUUAUUCAAAUCGAGGAAGGCAAGACAUUUGGUGGUGUGCUUCAAAGACAGCCCGAUCUAUCUUCCAUAAAUCAGGAAGGCAUUGUACCAAGCCAGCGUCGACCAAUCAAUCGUCGGCCAAGCUUGCUGGUAUCGUUGAACGAACAGCCACCGAAUAAUGAAGAAGAAAAACCAGAAAAGGAUGAAAAAAGUCGUAGACUUUCAAUACUUUCUCUAAAUGAUGAGGCCGUUCCAGAUAGACCACUACCAACACGACGUGACAGCCUUGCAGGCAUCUCUUUUGAUCCUAGUAUCGUAUACGAACCUCCUCCUUUUGCCCUUUCACAUCAAGAUACCGAAGUUCCUCCACCUGUCAUACGAGAUAAACUAGAAGUAGAUGAAUUCCCAUUUUCGACUAUAAGCACAGCAUGGAUCAAGAUCAUGACACAGGGUUUGAGUGAGUGGGUCAAACUUCCUGUAAUCGUGUGUCGUGGCAAAGAAGACGGUCCUGUUGUUGGCCUUACAGCUGCCGUGCACGGAAAUGAACUGAAUGGCGUUCCUUGUAUUCACAAAGUCAUCUCUCAGAUCGACGUAAACCAGCUUAAAGGCACACUUGUAGCCGUACCUUGCGUAAAUGUAUGGGGAUAUCUCAAGUUUCAACGUGAGUUUGCCGAUGGACGCGAUUUAAAUAGACAAUUUCCUGGUAAAGAAGACGGAUAUUCAUCACAAGUGUUUUGUCAUCACUUGAUGAGUAAGAUUAUAUCACAAUUUAACUACAUGGUUGAUUUGCACACUGCAAGCUUUGGUCGAGUCAACUCCUAUUAUGUGAGAGCGGAUAUGAAUGAUCCUAUAGGCUCAAGUAUGGCAAGUCUUCAGCAACCGCAGAUUAUUCUGCAUAAUUCAGGACAAGAUGGAACACUCAGAUCAGCCGCAGCAGCACGAGGUAUAAAGGCCAUCACUGUUGAAAUAGGAAAUCCCCAAACAUUCCAAGAUCGAUACGUACAGUGGUCAUUCAUGGGUAUCAUGCGAAUUUUGGAUCACUUCAAGAUGUUUCCCUUCAAGAAUGUGCUAGACAGCUUUAAGGACGAGUCGAGUGAAGAUGAUUUUGGUCCUAGUCACACUAUCUUGUGUUCUAGAGGCUUUUGGAUCUAUACAAAAAAUGGAGGUAUACUAGAAGUGUACCCUGGAGUAAAUAGGUUGAUAAGAAAAGGUGAAAUCAUUGCAAGGAUUAAAAAUAUGUUUGGAAAUAUCAUUGAAGAGUACUUUGCGCCUUGUACUGGCAUCGUCAUAGGACGUAGUUCGAACCCUGUCGCCAUGGCAGGAGAUCGUAUAGUGCAUCUUGGUGUUAUUAAGAAGACAGGUGAGGCACUAGCAAAAGCAGCAAAAGAAAACUAUUAA